AUGACUCCGAUGAAUAAAUGUUGCGGUUGCAUUUCUGUGAGAAGUGGUGUUAUAAUUAUAGCAAUUAUUUGGAUGCCUGGAGGAAUAUAUGGCUUUAUCCAAAAUUUUCAGCUUCUUUCAGAUGAUUAUCAAUAUAUUAUUGGAUCAACUGUUCAAAUUGCUUUAGCUGUAAAUUCCCUAACGAUCCUAAUAUCCGGUUUUGGACUUAUGGUUGUCUGUUGUGCGGAAUCAGCACGUCUCUUGCAAAUCUUUUCUGGGCUUUUUAUUUUUGUUGUAGUUAUUCAUUUUAUAUACGCCAUUUAUUUUGCCAUCGUUGUUUCUUCAAGUGGUUAUUUGAAUUAUUAUAAGUAUGAUAUAAUUAGACACUUUGUUGGUGCUAUUUUGGGGGUUUAUUUUGCCAAAGUUAUUGCUGAUUAUGCUAAAAUUGUUAGACUUGAACAAAAUAAUAUUCAAACACUUGGGAUAAUUGAAGCUUCUAAUAUAGCAAAUAAUCAAGAUAGAGCUUCCAAUAUAACAAAUAAUCAAAUUAUUAUAGCUUCUAAUAUGACAAAUAAUCAAGUUAUAGCUUCUAAUAUAACAAAUGGUCAAGUUAUGGCUUCUAAUACAACAAAUAAUCAAGCUAUUAAUUAA